CCCCGCGCCGCCGAGAACUCAGUCCGCCUAGCGGUGAUACAUCGGGUACCGGUGUUUCGCGCUCUCUCACAAUACCAACACAAGUGGCUGACCACUAAGCAACGUUUUUAUGACAUUUGACAACCCCGCCCAGUGCAUUUUUGCUAGUUGCAUUUUGAUCAGUGGGAAAGUGAAUCAGCUGUGAGCGUUUCUAACGAGAUUUGUGGCUCCUCUCCAUUGUAUGUUGUCUUAUUAGUGAAGUGAAUAUUUGUGCUAUACGGACAAUAACCGUAUCAUCUGUGCGAAUCAAUUUGUGGAUAUUUUUAGCGAGUGACUGCUCUCAAAGUAAGGACGAGAGCGUGGAGCGCUGCGCGGGGCGCGGGGCGGGCGCGGGGCGCGGGGCGCGAUGCGCUGCUAGACGCGCCCAGCAUGGUGGGCGUCGGCGUGGCGGAGGGCGGCGGGGAGCCCUACUACGGCGAGUACUACCCGCCCGAGCAGUACUUCGUGCCGCAGGAGAUGUGCCCGCACCCGCACCAGCACCCGCAGCAUGCGCAUAUGUGCACCGUGCACACUGACUACGGCGGCAUGCCAGUCGUCACCUCCGGCACGAUGAUGCCGCCGAUGAUGCAGCCCGUGUUGGACGACAUGCGGCACUACAUCGUGCACCACCCCCCGCACCAGAUGCACCACCCGCCGCCGCACCAGCUGCCGCAUCACCAGCAGAUGCCGCCGCAGCACCAGCCGCACCACUAUGGUCCUGCCAACGGUGCUGGUGGGCCGCAGCACUUCUACCCGGCCGGGUACCAGCCGCACUACCACAUCCCACCGCACCCGAUGCAACACUACCCACCUCCGCCCGUCUACCAGAAGGACGAGAGAGCCCAACGACAGCACACCAAGCUGAAGCAGAAGCUAGAGCGCAAACAUAACAAUAGAACUAAUGGAAUUGAAGCAAACUCUGGCGCAAGCACCCCAUCGCUCUCUCCGCGCAAGGAGCUGAACGGGCGCGGCGGCGCGUCCUCGGGCGCGUGGUCCGAGGGCGAGGGCUCGUCCGCCGGCGCCUCCAUGCAGAGUGAUGAGGACUGCGACACCCAGGCCUUCCUCGACCAGCUGUCCGCUAAGCGCACUCCGCAGGUGUCCGAGGUGACAUCAACAAGUGCGCUGGUGCAGUGGAACUCUCCGCUGCCGGAGGGCGUCCCGCCGCCGCCGCACGACCUCACGUACGACCUGCUGCUGGGCGACCGCGGCCGCUACAAGGCCAUCUACAGCGGACCCAAGCUCUCCUGUCGGGUGUGUGACCUGCGGCCGGGCUGCGAGUACUCGGUGCGGCUGCAGAUCCGCGCGGGCGAGGCGGGCGCCACCAGCGAGGAGGCGACGUUCAGCGCCGCGCCCGCGCCGCCCGCGCGCCCCGCCGCCCCGCGCGUCACCGUGCGCGCGCGCUCCUCGCUGCAGCUGCGCUGGGCCGCCGCCGCCGACCACGGCGCCCGCAUCGCGCACUACGUGCUGGAGCUGGACGCGGGCGAGGGCUGGGUGGAGGCGGCCCGCCCGCGCGCGCGCCACCACACCGUGCCCGACCUGCGCGCGCAGACCCGCUACCGCUUCCGCCUCGCCGCCGUCAACGAGUGCGGCCGCGGCGAGUGGAGCGAGGAGGUGGUCGCGUGGACCGCCGGGGCGCCGCCGCCCGCGCCGCGCCCGCCGCGCCUCGUGGCCGCCACCGCCUCCGCGCUGGACCUCGCCUGGGAGCGCCGCGCCGACGAGGAGUUCACGCUGCAGCUGGACGAGCCUGACAGCGGCCACGGCUUCCUGCCCGUGUACAGCGGGCCCGACGACCGGCACACGGCCGCCGGCCUGCGCCGCGCCACCGACUACCGCUUCCGCCUGCGCGCCGAGACGCCCGACGGACAGGGGCCGUGGUCCGCCGACGUGACGUACCGCACGCUGCCCGAGCCGCCCGCGCCGCCCGCGCGCCCCUCGCCCCGCGGCAAGGUGCACUCGCGCUCCUUCCGCCUGCGCUGGGACCCGCCGCCCGACGACGGCGGCGCGCCCGUGGAGUCCUACACGCUGGAGCUGGACGACGGCUCCGGCUGGCGCGAGGCGUGGCGCGGGCGCGAGCGCGAGGCGCUGUGCGAGCGCCUGCAGCCCGGCGCCGAGUACCGCGCGCGCGUGCGCUGCAGCAACCCGGCCGGGGACAGCGCCUGGUCCGCGCCCGAGACCGUGAGCACGGAGCCGGCCGCGCCCGCCGCGCCGCCCGCGCCCACCGCCGCGUCGCCGCCGCGCGCCACCGCGGCCGCCGUGCGGUGGCGCGCGCCCGCCUGCCUCGGCGGCGCCGCGCUGGCCGAGUACCGCGUGGAGCUGCGCGAGGCGGGCGGGGAGCCGCGCCUCGCCUACUGCGGCGCGGACACCGAGUGCGUGCUGCGCGAGCUGCGGCCCGGCGCGGCCUACGAGGUCACCGUCACCGCGGUCAACCGCGUGGGGCCCGGCGCGCCCUCGCCGCCGCUCGCCUUCACUGCCGCGCCCGCUCCGCCGGACGCGCCGCCCGUGCCCUCCGUUACUCUGGAGUCCCCGCGCUCGGCGCGCCUAGAGUGGACGCCACCGAACGACAACGGAGCGCCGAUCCUCGAUUACCGGCUCGAGAUGAGCACGGGCGCGGCGGACGCCUCGUUCGCGCAGGUGUUCGCCGGGCUCGCCACCUCGGCGCUGGUGGGCGACCUCACCCCCUUCACGGCGUACUUCUUCCGCGUUUGCGCGAGCAACGCGGCGGGGCGCGGCGCGUGGUCCGGCGUGCGGGACGCGCUGACGGAGCGCGCGCCGCCCGCCGCGCCCGCGCCGCCCGCGCACGAGGCGGAGGCGGCGGCGCUGCGCCUGGCCUGGGCCGCGCCCGCCGCGCACGGCGCCGCCAUCACGCACUACCUGGUGCGCGUGGACGAGCGCGAGCUGCGCUGCGAGGAGCCGGCGCUGCUGGUGACGGGGCUGCGCGCGGACACGCAGUACCGCGUGCGCGUGUGCGCCGUGAGCGAGCUGGGCGCGGGCGCGUGGUCCGAGCCGGCGCGCUGCGCCACGCGCCCGCCGCCGCCCGCGCCGCCGCGCCUGGCCUGCCUGCAGCGCGCGCACAACUACGUGAAGCUGCGCUGGGGCGAGGGUGAGGCGGGCGCGGGCACGCAGUACCGCCUGGAGCUGCGCGCGCCGCCCUCGCGCGACUACCGCGUGGCCUACCGCGGCUCCGCGCGCUCCUGCAAGGUGAAGAAGCUGCGCGAGGACUGCGAGUACGCGUUCCGGAUACGAGCGAGCGACGAGCGCGGGGGCCGCGGGGAGUGGGGCCCGGAGCUGCUGGAGCGCACGGGCGUGGCGCCGCCGCCGGCCCCGCGCGCCCCCGCGCUGGCGCUGGACGCGGGCCGCGUGCUGGUGAGCUGGGAGCCGGUGGAGGGCUGCGAGUACGCGGUGCAGACGGCGCGCGGGGGCGCGUGGCGGGCGGCCUGGGCGGGCUCGGAGGCGCGCUGCGAGCUGGACGACACGGCGGAGGGCGAGCUGCAGGUGCGCGUGGGCGCGGCGCGCGGCGGCGCGUGGUCGGCGUGGGGGGCGGCGGCGCGGCUGCAGCUGCCGGCGCGCGCCCCCGCCCGCCGCGCCGCGCCCCGCCCCGCGCGCGCCCCGCUGGCGCCGCGCCACGCCGCGCUGCUCAUGGCGGGCGGGUUCCUGCUGCUGGCGGUGCUGGUGGCCGCGGUGCUGCAGCGGCUGGUGGAGCCGCGCCCGUGACGCGCGCCCCCCGCGCCCGCCGCGCCGCCCGCCACCAGCGCGCUCGCCCGACACCUCCAUCACGGACACAUCUAGGCGCGGACGAAACGUACACACGUUUGGUGCUAAACUAAUUAUCAUGAAGCUAAAUUUUAAUUAUACCGGUAAGAGAGUAUGUAUAUUGUAAUAAAAUGGAAACAUAAAAAAUAGUCAAUAAAUACCUACGUUACGAUUUUUAUAUUCUGGGUUUUAUGGUAGACUUAAGUGGUGUGGCCGUGAUCGCCGCGGUCCGGCCCGGAGCGCCAGCGCGCGCCGGGUGUUAGCCAUUUCAUGUCGAUUGAUCUUUUAGAGAGAUCGGUAACUUUACCUAAAAUAUUUUUAAAAUUGUUUAUGAUAUGUUUAAAGAAAAGCUCGGUUAGGCGUUACAGAUAAGAAUUUUUAUGAGAUUUAUUUUUAUCAAAUUAUAUUUAAUGGAUGUAGCAUCUACUAGAAAGGAGGGCCUAUAUAUAAAAUAUAUGUUUUCUAUAGAGAAUAUUGGUGUUCAAAUUAACUCCUGAAUAUUUUAUACUUUAUGCGUUGCCUGAAAUGUAUGUGUAUUAUACAGUAGCUCAUUCUCAUUAUAUUACAUUGUUUCUGAAUGUUGUCUGUACUUCGUAAAUCUUUAUAUUAUCUAGUCUAUGCUUGAUAACUUGUUAUAUACUAUCUAAAUCUUUCUUUUAUUAAUUUGAGUCCAAAAGCAAUGUCUAAGUUCUAACCUAAGAACUAGGCAGAAAGUGAAUAUUUUUUGCAAUUUUUCACCGCACGCCAAGCGUACUCUGCUAUUCUGUGAUCACAAUAAUGCGCACAGUUCUUCUCUGAACCUGCAGCUGUAAUUAAAUAAGAAGAAAGGUUCGCUUUGUUCACAGAAAACGAAGAGCAGAGCUUUGCAUGAUUUGAAAUGUGCAUAGUAAUAUAUAUUUUUACGUAAAUCAGUCUAUUGCAUAAUUUAAUCAUAUGAUUGUACCGAGGUGCUGUAUUAUUAGUUUUGUGAAGGGCCUGGCCCCGUCUGCAACGAGUUUCCAGUGUGUGCGCUGUGAUCACUUCCUUAUGCGAAUGAGACUGAUUUUAUAAUAAUUGCUUUCUGUAUGAAUUCAUAUUGUAAAUGCAAAUUACAUUCUUACUGCUUUUUACAACACUUCAAAACCUUCUGAUUAACUGUUUACAACAAACCUGAUAUGUCCGUUGUCAAUUUUAAAUCACGUAAUUACGUAAGUAACUUUAAGAUCUUAUAAAAUCGUUAGACAAUUAAUGUAUCCACUUGUUGUUGUAAAUGGUAAGAAAUCUUGCAAACUAAACAAAUUGUGACACCUUUAUGUAUAUUCCAAAUGGCUUUUGCGAUAUAUCUAGAGUUAAAUUUUUAACGUUUUAUAUAACAUGACGUUUGAUUAAUCGAUAACAUAAUCUUAUUUAGAAUAAUUUUGGUUUACUUAGGAGAUUAUGAUGAUUAACUGAGAUUUUAUGACCGUUGUAUCAGUGAAGGGAUGCUUGCAAGGCGUGCAAUCAUCUUGUUUCGGCGUCGAUGCCUCUGCAUAUUACGUCAUCAGUAUUACAACAUCCUAUUGCUUCAUUCAUUGUGACAGAACUAUACUUCGAAAAACAUUUUAGAAUAAAUAUAUAAUUUUACCAUGAAUGUUAUGUAGAGUAAAUAUUUGAAUAUUUGUGUAAUGCAUUUUUGGCUCUUGCCCGAUUAGAUGGUUUAUGUCUGUCGCCUACCAUCUUAUAUUUAGUGAAUGUUCCGAUAUAGAUGUGUAAUCGUUACAUAUAUCAAAUUUAGUAUAAUUAUUGCAUUUUAAAGUAUUGAUAUAUUGAAGUGUUUUCUUCCAAUUUAGGGUGUGUUGUAAGAUUUCCGAAGUCCAUUGUCAUACAAGUAAUUUGUGUUCUAGAUAAGACCGUCUUGCAUCAUAGAUUACAAGGACAGAUAUCUAAACUGUACAGUUGUACAUCCACUAUACGACGAUGGCGAUAGCCUAAUUCAUAGAUUUUAUAUUACUAUUCUAAUAUUUAUUUCUCUGUGAUCAUUUACACUCUGUUUCUCUAUGUAAAAACAUUCCUAUACAAUUCUUUAUUGCCACAAACAAUAGUACUCGAUAUUGUAAUUGUAAUACAUAAUGUAAUAAAUGUGGGCUUAAUCUAAACAUAAGCACAGCUUAUGGCUUCUAGAAUUAACUGUUUAAUUUUCAAAAAGUUUAUAUAAACAAUGUGCAAUUAUCUUUAUUUAUUAUUUGAUCGGUUAUUUAUAUUGAUUAUUUUAAGGAACUUGUAAAGUUGCUAUGGUGUUAAAUGUUUAAAUAAUACAAUGGACACGAAUGUUCCUAAACGAGUCUUUAUACAUUGUACAGUUCGCCAUUUUUAAUUAAAGCUGAAUUGAUUGCUACAGUGAUGCAUUCCAACUAUAUUCCACUUGUAAAUAGGCCUAAUAAAUUUAAUUUCAGUGACUAUGUAAAUUAUCUUGAGCUUGAUAAAGGCACAGUGUAGACCAGUGGGGAUGACUUAUAGCAAGUUCGCUGGUGGCCACAGGCACAAGUCCUGGUUAAUGCGACUAUACUAUAUCGUCUCCACUGUGGGUGGUGCACUGUGCAGCCGCGCCGGCCGAGCCCGCGCACGAGACAGGGAUCCUUGCCGCUAACUAUUGCGACUAAAUGUUUAAAACUAAUGACAAAUGUUUAAUGGGGAGAACAUCUCAUAUUGUAUUUGUGUCUGAACUAGUUACGUAUAACGAAAUGUAUAUGUUUAUAAUAUAAUAUUUGAUGAUGUUAUGUAUACAAUUUAUUAAACAUGAAUAUAUCAAUAAAACUAUAUUUUAUGUA